AGUGCUGGGCCGGGGGCGGCGCCGAGCGGGUCUGUCCGUCCGUCCGUCUGUCUGUCUGUUUGUCCGGGCCGGGGCCGCGCUGGGUCGGGCCUGGCGGUGCCCCCCUCCCUUCAGGGACUUCUCCUCCGCCAGCUGCCGUUGUCUGGGUUCCUGUAUGUGCCACCGCGUCUCCAGCCCUAUGAGGUAAUCCCAGCAGAUCUUUCUCUGCCAAACCCAGGGGCUGAUGCAUCCCCUUCCCUGCUCCGGUGCCGGGCUCCUGCAUUCCAGGAUCCUUUCCCCACUGAUGGGAAUGAGGGUUUCUCCUCCCCAUUCUCUCUUGGCCUCGCUUGCUGCAGGUGUGUAUCUCCAGUGGAGAGAGCCAGUAACAGGAGGGGUGUCCUGCUGGCAGUCAGUGGCUGAGCAGUGUGCUGCCCACUAUGGCUGGUUGGUUUAGGAGGCUCCUGCACAAACCCAAGUCCAGCUCAGUGGAAAGCCUCAAGUCCACCCACUCUGCUUCAUCCUCACCUUCCUCCUCCUCCUCAUCCUCUGCCAAGAGCUCCAGCUCCUCUCCUGGCACGAGCCUGGCCACCAGCUCCAUCUCGCUGUCUCCCGUGUCAGCAGUGGACAUCAGCGCCUCGCACAGCCCCCGGUGGGACAAGAGCUACGACGUGUGCAUCUGCCACAGCGAGGGGGACAUGGAGCUGGUGUCAGAGCUGGUGUCCUACCUGGAGGGGCAGCCCGAGAGCUUCCGCUGCUUCCUGCAGCUGCGCGACGCGGCGCCGGGCGGCGCGGUGGUGACGGAGCUCUGUGACGCUGUGCAGAACAGCCACUGCUGGGUCAUGCUCAUCACCCCCGGCUUCCUGCAGGACCCCUGGUGCAGGUACCAGAUGCACCAGGCCUUGGCUGAGGCUCCCAUGGCCAACGGACGCACCAUCCCAGUGCUGAAGGACGUGGAUCGCAAGGACUAUCCCAGGGAGCUGCGGAGCAUCUACUACAUCUACAUGGCCCUGAAGGAGAAGAGCUUCAGGCAGAUCAGAGACACUGUCAUGCGCUGUGAGUAUCCUCUGGAUGCUGGUGAAACGUCAGCUCAUUGCGACCUCCAGGAACUGUGCCAGAGCUCCACAAAAAGCAUGGAGUAGUGCUGGAAGCAGGCAGAUGCAUUCCCAUGGGCAUCAUGGAGCUGCCACUGUUGGAUCUGGGCGUUGGCACGUCCCGUUGGACCUUGAGGUCAAACCUGAGCUGCUCAGACCGGACCUGGGACCAAAGAUGGAGAGUUCUCCGCAUCCAUGAGGGACAGCAGACUGGAGCCCACCACGUCCUGGUGACCAAAAUCCCCUCGGUGGGGAGAGGGACAUCCAUCACACAAACACUAAGCUCUGGUGUUGGUGCUUCUCAGGGUCAUGAGAACUCUUUACUGCACUGGCAUUCUCUGUCCUGAGGGCUCCGGGACGCCUACUAAGCUGACAAGAUAUGUGGGCAGGACAAGAUAUGAGGCAGGCAGUGACGCUGCACGGAAUCGUUGCGUCUACGAAAAUGCAGAAGUUUUACAUUUUGA